AUGCUUAUAUCGGCUUCAAGUAAUAAUGUGGAGGGUGGGACACUUCUGCCUCCAAAACGAAGGCCUGAAGACUCGUCGGUGUCGUUUCUUGGACCUGUCGAAGCGAUUGCUGAAGGAGAUACGUAUCUUGUGGAAAACAUCCUGCCUGAAGAGCUAGGUGACGUUGCGUUCGAGAGGUUGAAGGCGGAAGUCAAGUGGAGUAAAAUGUUUCAUCGAGGCGGAGAGGUUCCAAGAUUGGUCGCAGUCGAAGGAGAGGUUGAGUCAGACGGAACCUUCCCAAUUUAUCGCCACCCAUCUGACUCCUCGCCACCUCUGCUACCUUUCUCGCCCACUGUGUCCCUCAUUCGGCGUCAUGUCGAACAAAUCCUCGGCCAUCCCGUCAACCAUGUCCUCAUACAAUUCUAUCGCACCGGCGCAGAUUAUAUUUCAGAACACUCAGACAAGACAAUCGAUAUUGUUCAGGGGUCUAGCAUCGUCAACAUAAGUCUGGGCGCACAGAGAGUAAUGACACUGAGGACGAAGAAAGACAGGUCGCCACUUCCACCUUCCGGCUCUUCCGAGGCACCCAACAAGGAGACUCUAUCUGCAUCGAAAACACUUACCUCGAUCUCAACCACAACCGCAAGAUCGACACAACGCGUCCCACUGCCCCAUAAUUCGAUGUUCGUACUGGGACUCGCCACGAACGCACGAUGGACGCACAGUAUCCACACCGACAAGCGACCACUUAAGCUCAAAUCACCCGUCGAACAAUUCCAGAACGGGGAACGAAUAAGUUUGACAUUUCGGCAUAUCGGUACUUUUCUGAUGCCAUCAAAAUGUUCAGACGGGACCAUAGACACGAGUGCAGAGAACCCAGGGAGUUUGGGUCCGGAUACGGAAGUGUGUGGGGGUAUGAAGAUCUAUGGGCAAGGUGCUAAAGGGAAGUCGAAAGAAGAAGCGAGGCCGGUUAUGAAUGGAGGUGAAGAGGCGGAGAAGCUCAUCGCAGCAUUCGGUAGGGAGAAUAGAGAGUCGUCGUUUGUAUGGGAGGAUGGUUAUGGAGAGGGGUUCGACGUAUUACACUUCACAGAUGAAAAGUAA